UACAUUUCAUUAGAGGGAAGAUCGACGCAGGUAAACAUCAAGAGGAGGAGACGGUUCUCUUUAUGCCCGGCCCCCCAACGCACCAAAUUUGCGGGAGGGACCGGCUGAGAGCAACCCCCAGCCGUGCUGCGAGGUCCUUUACCUGCAAUGCAGUGCUGGGCAUCUGCAGCUAGGUGGUGGAGGCAGAGCCCUCGCCUCCCUCGCACAAAGCUCCGCUGCGCUCGGGGAGAAGCAGCCCCUCCGCCUGCCCUCCAUGUCCCCUCUCCUCCCCGGCAGCGUGGCCCCUGAGCUUUGAUGGCUCUUUCCAAAACGGUUGGGCUGGCUCCGGGAAUAUCUUUAUCGAUGGGAGGCCGCGCUUCGUGCAGACCCGACACUCAGCACCGGGGCCCUGCUGCUCACUCCGAGAACGAUCUUCCAGAGCAAGAGGAGGAAAUCCUGGGAUCAGAUGACGAUGAACAGGAGGAUCCAAAUGAUUACUGUAAAGGUGGUUAUCACCUUGUGAAAAUAGGAGAUCUCUUCAACGGACGAUACCACGUGAUUCGGAAGCUGGGAUGGGGCCACUUCUCCACUGUCUGGCUGGCCUGGGACAUCCAAGGGAAGAGAUUUGUGGCAAUGAAAGUAGUGAAGAGUGCAGAGCACUACACAGAGACAGCACUGGAUGAAAUCAAGUUGCUAAAAUCGGUCCGAAACAGUGAUCCAAAUGAUCCCAACAAAGAGAGAGUUGUUCAGUUAUUAGAUGACUUCAAGAUUUCAGGAGUUAAUGGCUCUCAUAUCUGUAUGGUGUUUGAAGUUCUAGGUCAUCAUCUACUGAAGUGGAUCAUCAAGUCAAAUUACCAGGGGCUUCCACUCCCUUGUGUCAAAAAGAUCAUUAAACAGGUUCUUCAGGGGCUAGAUUACUUGCACACGAAGUGUAGGAUCAUUCAUACAGAUAUUAAACCUGAAAACAUUCUUCUGUGUGUGAAUGACCAGUAUAUCCGCAGGCUGGCUGCAGAAGCAACAGAGUGGCAGAGAUCUGGGGCUCCCCCACCAUCUGGCUCUGCAGUGAGCACUGCACCACAGCCAAAACCAGCUGACAAAAUGUCAAAGAAUAAGAAAAAGAAGUUGAAAAAGAAGCAGAAACGUCAGGCUGAGCUGUUAGAGAAGCGGAUGCAAGAGAUAGAGGAAAUGGAGAAGGAAGCAAGCCCUGGGCAGACGCGUCCUGAAGAGGAGGAAGAAGCUCAGAGCCCUCUGGAAAUGCUCAUAAAAGUUAGCCCACCAGAUGAAGAGGUUGGCAAAAAGACAGCUGAAGUCAUUGUGCACGAGCAGUCUAUUCAUAUGGAAGGCAGCGUGGAAAAAUGCGUAACAGAAAUAAAUUGCAAUGGAGUGAUACAAAUGACGGACUUCCCAGACUCUGGCAACCAGGGGUCUGUGCGACUUGAGGAUGACCUUCACAAUGCCAAUGACUGUGGCGAUCACCUUCACGCCCAGAAGAAGGAGAACUUCCAUAGUUGUAAUUACAGUCAGCGAAAUGGUGACACGGAGAACAGGCCUCAAGCAACAAUGUCGGACUCGUUCGUGCCCUUAGUUUCGGAGGAUUCCAUGGUGUGUCAGCCUAUGUCCAGCGAGCAGCAAUCAUUCAACGAGCAGGAGAUCAGCCAUUUGCAAGAAAGCAUCCGGACAGAGAUCCCUUCGGAGGACGAGAAUGAGAAUAAUAGCCCAUCAGAUAACAAAGGAAAAUCGACUGCUGGGAAUUUCCUUCUUAAUCCUCUUGAGCCCAAGAAUGCAGAUAAGCUUAAAGUGAAGAUAGCCGACCUAGGAAAUGCCUGCUGGGUGCACAAGCACUUCACUGAAGACAUCCAGACAAGACAGUACCGAUCCCUGGAGGUGUUGAUAGGAUCGGGGUACAACACCCCUGCUGACAUCUGGAGCACAGCGUGUAUGGCCUUUGAAUUAGCAACAGGAGACUAUCUGUUUGAGCCUCAUUCUGGAGAAGAUUACUCACGGGAUGAAGAUCACAUUGCUUUGAUCAUAGAACUUCUGGGGAAAAUACCUCGCAAGCUCAUUUUAGCAGGAAAAUAUUCCAAGGAAUUUUUCACCAAAAAAGGUGAUCUGAAGCACAUCACCAAACUGAAGCCCUGGGGCCUUUUUGAAGUCUUGGUGGAAAAAUACGAGUGGUCCCAAGACGAGGCAGCUGCCUUCACAGACUUCUUACUACCAAUGCUGGAGCUGAUCCCAGAGAAAAGAGCGACGGCAGCAGAGUGUCUCAGGCACCCCUGGCUUAACUCCUAGAGGCUUCGACCCAAUGCCACAGCACUACACUCCGGUUUACAGCAUAGCAUACACACACCCGGCUGCCCCUUCCCAGAGCCGUUUUUUUCCCUUGUUCAUUUUCAGUGUGAAGUUCUUCCUUCAAGGCUUCCGAGAUUUUAGAUAAAUCUAACCCGUUCUGCUGAGGCUGCUUGUGUGACUCACUGGGGGCUCGCCUCAGCCAGUGGGCAUUGGCUGCGUUUUGCCUUGACUGGGCUUCGCCAAAGACUAAUUAACUAGAACACGAAGCUUUUCCUGAGUCUCCUCACCGAUACGCACUGUCUGUUACAGAUGUGAGCUCACCAGUGCUCAGAUUUGCUCUGUUAGCUAAAUUUCUGGGGGAUGUGAAGAUCUGAACUCAUCCUCAUCUCCCUGACUCAGGAGUCCAUUUCCCGCUGUUCACCCGGUAGCUAACGAUGGGUGAGAGGUAACAGAUGGCACCGAGGUGGUGUUAGUUCCUUGUAGAGCAGAGACCUCAAAAGCCUCCAUCAUCUUCUAGGUGUCUGCUGUAUUCUUUGCUUUCCAGUCACAUAAUUUUUCUUUAGUUCUAGCUGCUUAAAUCUCUUGAAAUGAGCUAUUUAAAUCUAGAUUUUUUUUUUUAGUAUCAUUUGCUUCUUCCUCUGAAGUGCCCUGUCCCUUUACUUUUCCCCUUCCUGUGUCCAGCUAGUCAGAAUAGUUUCUGAAUUCAGUGAUGCUUUCUCCUUGUUCUCUAAUGCCUGAGCCUGUGACUAAAAGGUGACAAGGAAAAUGAGCAGAAGCUGGAACUGACCGAACGCACAACCCUCAGCAUACAGAUGGGUGCACCCUUUGGCUGCAGAGAGGUAGCCUUGUUGCAGGCAACUUCUAACGUUUCAGUGAGCUGUAAAUUUCUUGGUUUUUAUCCCUUUCUGGCACUUUUUUUUUUUGCCUUGCUUGACGUGGUUGCUGUACCAGUGACAGAUUGGCUUUCACUGAUGCAGUGUAUUCUCUCUCAAUUUUUGACUGUUUGCUUUUUUUCCAAGAAAGGGCAGCAGCAUCUGUAUUACAGCCACGCUAUAGCCCUUGGCUUCAGAACUCAGUGCUUGAAAGUAAAGAUUUCCUUUAAUUUGCUUCAGGUGCUGGCCUUCAGAAAUAACCUUCAGAAAUAACUUCCCAGGAUGGGAUCGCCUUUUAUUUUCUGGGGCAUCAGCACAAGGAGAGGUGGAAGAGGAUUCCACAUCAAUACUGGAUUAGCUGUUUCUAGAGUUCCCCCGACUAAAGAUGUCCUGUGGGGUUUCUCUAUCACCUUCUCAGAGGAGGCUGGAUGUAAUAAUUGAGUGGGUUAAUUUUUAAAGUUAAAUCACUGUGGCGUUUGUUAGUUUUACGAUGGCUUCUUCGAGCCUUGCCCCUCCUGUUACAGACGCAGUGUAUCCUACUCUCGAGCAACGUUUGGCAGUGUUGAGACUUCAGAGGCACAUCUUUACCCUGGACCAAACAGGCCUUUGGAUUCGUGGCAGCUCUCAGAGCACAGAAGUUGCCGUACCGGAGGCCACGCAGAUGCUAUCCAAGACGCUUCCAUUGCCAAAGCUGCCAAGACCGCUGUUACACGUCACUUUGUGUGUGUGUGUGUUGGAAAUCCAGGUUCAUGAGAAUUCAUUCAUAAACCUUGGGGUCGUUUAAUCCACUUAAAGAGUUCCUCCAGCCCGGUGCCUGACUGGGCUGAUUAACGCAAAUCAUGCUGCAUGUUCUUGUAGGGGUAGGUCAGGUUCUCUAUGCAUAUAAUCUAGACUUAAAGGAAGGUAACGUACCAAAUGAGUUUGGAACUGCCGAUCUGACUUUUUUUUUUCCCUUUCACCUGGAGUUUUUCCAGCUGCGUGUCACUUCCAUCUCUGUUACAGGAGGACUGCAGACAGGACUGGAUUCCAAAAUCCCCACUGUCCACGUACUGUGAAGUUACAUUGGCAGGGCAAAUGAUUUCUGUUGUCUUGAAAGGUCACCCCGUCUCAUGUACUUCAGGCUGGCUGCUUAAAGAACUUUUCCUAGAAGGGGUUUGCACACUUGGAGAGCCCCUUCCCAUCUUUCCCUUCCCCCUGGCACCCCUGCCCGGAGGAGGACGUUUUUUUUUUUACCAUGGGAGCCAAGGCUGGAGCCAGCUCAUGAGUUGAAGACCUGCAGAAGCAGCUGUCGGGAUUCAGUCUUGUACCGUGUGCUCGUUCACUUGGGGGUUUGUUAAAUUUCCAAAUUGCCGUAAAGUGCUCACACUAAAGGAUUUGUACUUGCUGUGUCAGUCUAAAACCUGAAGGAAAAUACAUUUUUAUUCUUUCUA